AUGGACUAUCCGUCAAUCCACGGCCAAGAUAUAUCUAGUUUCGAUCUAACUUCAACUCAUAGGUUGCCAACGGUUUCUGCGGCCCAGGCGCUUGAGGAUCUGGGGACUGACCCCCAGCGAUUCUUACCGACAAAUAUUGAGGCUCUUGAUCAGACCCUCAAUGAUGUCAUUCCUGAGAGUAAUAACGCUUCGCCUCAUCCUGGCGGCUUACAAAAAGGCCAAGUCAUAGAAAUAUGGGGUCCCCCAGGAUCUGGCAAAACUUCCUUUGGAACCCAGCUCGCUGCGAAUGUCUUACGGCAGGGUGAGAAGGUUGUUUGGGUAGAUGGAUUCCAUCCGAUAUUUUCCCGUCGGCUUCAUGAUAUGAUCACUUCAGUCUCGACAGACUCAACAGUGGAUCAAUCGGAUAAUUUUAUCCAUUUUCAGACGCCGACCCUAUCGCAUCUUAUCGGCCUCCUUUGUAAGCCCACAGCGAAUGCUAUCCCUAGCGGUACAUCCCUCGUUGUAAUCGAUACCCUGUCAAGCCUAGUGAACCAUGCCUUUCCGAAAAAUUCCGAGAUUCGACAGGCUCAGAAAGGACCAGGACCUCCGGCUAGGAGGUUGCAGGUUCUUCAAUUCUUGAUUUCGACCCUCCAGAAACUCGCCGCGACGAGGGACAUCUGCAUCAUAGUCCUGUCCCAAUGCGCUACAAGAAUGCAGUUUGAGCAAGGUGCUACUCUCAUCCCCGCUAUUAAUGCUGGCACUUGGGAACAAGGAAUUGCUACUCGGCUAGUUCUAUUUAGGGAUUGGAUAAUAGAGAAUGGCACGGUGCGCGAUGUUAACUUUGUUGGUAUUCAGAAAUUAAACGGCAAGACGGCCCCAGGCGGUCUCAGUCAAGUUUUCCCCUUUCACGUCGAGAAUGGCGGGCUUAUUGGCGUUGGCCUGGAUGGUAACCAAGCGUCCUUACCUCUGUCUCCAACUUCGCGACACAAGCGAAAAUUAGGUCAAACCGAUUUCGAAAUUGCGGACAGCGAAGGUGAAGAUUAUGGUUGGGAGGACGAAGACGAAUUAGAAAUGCCAAGAAUGCCCCCUCAAUGGCAGGGGAGCGAGGACAUUCUUCUUGGACAGGUAGCAGAAGACGAUGAUGGCCAGACAGAUAACGGAUCAGAACACCACGCCGGACAUUUAGAAGAGACUAUGCUGCGUUUGGACUCGGAUCUUUCCGGGGAUGAGGGGAGCGGCUCCAGCUGAUAUCCAUAUUUGUGGACCCUUGAUAGUCUGGGUCUUUUAUGAAUGCGAAGCAUAAGUGUGAGCCAGGAAUAUUCACGAUAAAUCCCUCUUAAAAAACCCAUAAGUACAAUACACCAGGUAGCUUUUGCAUACCCCUUUACGGCUCCACUGCGGCUCAACACCAACGAAAGGACUCACCAUGAAACGUCGGCCAAAUGUCGGCUCCUUAUGCUCUAGCCUCAACGUUGUCGGCCACCGCCACUCCACACCUCGGUCUUUCACGGCCCAAUUCCAUCCUAUGGGCCAGUCCCAUUGACCUCGGAGCUGCCGGACUACCCUGAUCAGAAAGAAGAAGAAAGAUUGUACAAACUGAUGCCAUGACAAAUUUUUCAACAUACUAACGUUACCUUCUCGCAGUGGGACGUAGAACUGACAGGAUGGUACAAUACAUAGGUACAUACCUCUUACAAAUUACAAGUUGCAUGGUAAGAACUUAACUUCUAGGUAGUGCUACUGCAGAAUUUUUUUAAUUUUUUUUGUUGAUAAAAACACGCCUGUCAGUGGUAAUAUUAAUAUCCUUCAACACC